AUGUUCCUGACGCAGUCUGCAGACAGUCUCCGUAGAGUAGCGGUUGUCGGGGCCAAGACGGCCAAGACCGGGGCCAGGCUGAGCCCGACUGCCGACAUUUCUCAAGAUCUGCGAGUCUACCUCGGCAUCUCCGUGCCGAUCAGAAAAAAGCCGGCAGAAGCUAGUGAUGGCGUGUUGAGCCGACACCAGGAUAUCCCUGGUAACUUUGCCGACUUGCCGUUCAUGGAGUACAACGUACUGUACACAUCCACCUUCGACAAUGCCAUGACCAAUCCACCGUCUAUCACCUUCGCCCCCGACGCCGAACCCUUCGAACCCAAGCCGCUCAUCGCCGACCUCUUGCGCACUCGAUUCUGUAUCCCCGGCUCCAUCUUCCUCGUCGAAUCCAUCGAGUCGCUGCCUCUGCUCCGAUCACCUCGAUGGCGCGCACUCCGCCUGCUUCUCGGCGACGGAGAGCUGUGCAUCCAGGCCCUCCUCCGGCCCGAAAUGCAUCGCUUCGUCGACCUUGCUACCAUUCGCCUUGGCUGCUACGUCCGCCUUGGUCACUUUCAACUAUACCGAGAGGAAAUCGCCCCCCGAGAUGCCGACGGCGCCACUAGGUCGAUGGUCUACCUUAUCGUCCACGACCUGGACACCGUUGGAUGGAACAUGGCGCUGGUUGAGCCGGAGACCAUUCACCUCGAGGACGGACUACAGGAGUCAGAAAGCGAUGACGCCGAGGUGGCCGUUGGACCAUUCGAUGAAAAGGAAACGACGUCGACACAAGAAGAACAACAUUUGCUCAUUCAAGAGGGCCGCAAUGUCUCUUCGGAUGCGUCAACACACGUACAACUGAAAGAGGGAGAGUCUAUGCGAGAGUCUAUGCGAGAGUCUAUGCCCCCCGCACAAAAGCCACCGGAAGAAGAGGAGGAUUUCAUUCCAGACAGCGACAUCGACGACCUGCUUGACAUGGCUGACGCCGUUGUCUGUGCUCAAGAUGAACGCGUCGAACAGCCCCCUUCGCCUGGCCCUGGUGUAGAGAACCCAGUUCGACCCACUGAACCCGAAUCGGGCCGUUCGGAUGGCCAAGUUGGACUACGACAGGGACAGGGACAAGGGCAGGGAGAGGUACGCGAUGGAGAUGAGGGCGGUACGCGCCAAGGCCACCAUGACACCAAGCCUGCCGCCGCACCCCGCGAGCUGAACCGACCCGUUCACCCACCACCACGCCACCCGACCCUUGCGCCAGUCGCACUCCUCCGCGACUGGGCCCAUCCCUCGAUUCCCCUUAAACUGACGCCCCUCGCCUCCAUCCCCCACCUCCCUUACAAGCAAAACUGGUCCAUCAACGUCCUCGCCGUCGUCGUCGCCCUGACCGACGUGGAGCCCUUCCGUUUCCCCCCCUACACCCGCCGGACCGCCCGCCUCGUGGACCCAUCCACCCCCAAGCAGGUCCUCCUGACCGUCUUUCUCGAUCCCGGGGAGUUUUGCCCCGUCCUCGGCCGUCCCGUCCUUCUCGUGGGUGUCAAGAACCACCUGUUCGAUGGCGGUAGCCUCAACAAGUACGCCAGUGACCGCCCGCCAAACUCGUCUGUGAGAUGGUGGUACCCCGAUCCGUCUCAGCUGGCCUGGUGUGAAGUCGGCGCAUUGGUCAGUUGGUGGCGUGAGCGGGGUGACGCUGUCGAGGCGGGGUGA